AUGGACGAGCAAACACCUCACACGUUCGAGUUCACAAUCGCGCACUCGACGCUGCCACUUGAAGCCAUCGGCAAGGGCUUCUGUGGCUCUGUGUGGUCCGCGGGCAACCUCGCUAUCAAGCGCGAGGAUGGCGGCCCAGGUCGUUCCAUCGCAAACGAACACACGAUGCAUCGCCACAUUAUCCGGAGCUUGGAUAGUACCAAUAGAGUCCACCUCAAUGUGCCUCACUGUGAAGGCUUCCUCAAACACGAUGCGACUGCCUGGGAUCAAAUGCUCCCUAGAUUUCCUGCGGGAUACACGGGUUGCAACGCACUCAUCAGCGAGAAGAUUCCGCCACUAUCUCGCGAUGUUCGCAAGCUGUUGGCCCAUAAGUUUCACCCAAACGUGGAUGCGGAUGAGAUUGCCGACAGCCCGACCAAUAGCCACUGUCUCGCUCGACCUUACUUGGGGCGCAGAAAGCUUCGGAAUACAGACACCAAUCAAGAUAGACCUAGACUUAGAUUCUUCAGUCUGAGGAACUUCCCACUCCACGCCGAUCAGAUGGAGACUCUCAACCUGGAUCUUGAAGGGUACGCCGUAGCAAUGGCAAAGGCUCUCGCAUUCCUGCACUGGUCCGCAAAAGUCGAUGCCAAUGACGUUGAGUUUGUGCUUGCGAACCCAAGGACUUGCCAAUCGCCACCCUGCGAAGCCCCCACGACAUCAAGCUUGGGUCCUGUAGGCUUCCAUUCAGAUGAGUUUGGCUCUCAUGCUAUGUGGAUCCUGGACUUUGAUUGUUGCAGGAUGAUGGCAAUGGACGACAACGGAAUCAAGCAAGCUUGUAGAAGCUUUUGGCGGAACGACCCUUACUAUCCGCGACCUGGCAGCAACAACGCAAAGGAUCAGGAACUCUGGACUGCCUUCUGGACUCACUUCCUGAUGGCUAGUGAGCGAAUUUUGGAGGGCGAGGAGGAAGAUUUGCGUCGGCUGCCGCUGAGAUUGAUGGAGUGUAUCGAGGAGACAAAGGGAAGGUUCACCAAGGGAACAGAUAUCUGGUAG